GUGAGUUGACCAUUACCCAAGUGCUAGCUAGGUUAUGCUUUACAAUGAAAAUUAAAGAAUGAAAAGUUUUUCAAAAGAGCAAAGAGGGUGAAGUGACAUCUUUGUGCAGGAAAAAUGGGAAAUAAAUGAGAGAGUUUUAAGAUUGCCUAAAUUUCAGCAAGUAUUCUACUAUGGUUUUCAGUAUAUCUUUUAUAUGUGACACUCAAAAGGUGGGGAAAAUGUGCAAAUUAUUGGUCAAAUAUAUGAACAAACUACUUAGUGUACUCAGGGCAGAGAAAUAGAAUAAUUUCAUCUCACAGCAUUGGAAAAUCAUAGAGUUGCAAAUGCAGUAAAAUUUGUUUGUAUUAUUUCAAUAGAUGCAUUGAAUUGGAGAUUGUGCACUAUAAAAUGUUAAAUGUGGGUUGCCUACUUAGGAAAGUGAAAACUCCCCUGUCACUGCACAUGCUAUUCAUAUGCUUUCUUUAGAACAGAAUUUGAGGAAAAAAAGAGAACAUGUAGAAGGAAACAAUAAAAUGCAAUGUGGGUUUACCUUUUGAUAUAUAUUUUCAUUCUUUCACAGGGAUUUUCUAGACAGGGGAAGUCUGACAGUCCAUCUUGAAUAAAACAGUGAUAAUGAGAUCCAGUUUGCUAAGAUGGCAACGCUAGGAUUAACAAAGGGGUCAGGAUAGGGACCAGCUUGGUAGGAGUCAGUGGGGAGUUCUGCUGAACUCCAUACCUGUGUCCAUUAUCCAUGGUUCACUUUGGACUCAGUCUUAUGUUUUUGCUAAAUGUUUAUACUAUACUUGCGUUAAUUAACUAAUUUACAUGAUUAUACAAUUUUUUUUAUGUGGAAUUCUUUGUGUAUGAAACCGUAGGUGCAACUAAAAUUUGACAGGACCUUUGGGGAGAAGAACUUAAGCUUGAGAGGCUGUCAUGGAGGAGUUGGUAGAGGAUGAUAUCUGUAUUUUGAACCAUGAAAAAGCAGACAAUGCUCACAAGAGAGACAGCGAUAUUCCUGUUCCAUCCUAUAGUGGAGAUGAGUCUGUUGCCUCACACUUUGCACUUGUCACUGCAUAUGAAGAUAUCAAGAAACGACUGAAAGAGACAGAGAAGGAGAACUCCUUCUUAAAAAAAAAAGUGAGAAUUUUAGAAGAGAAGGUGCUCGGCUCGCGGGCGGAGGAGGAAUGCAGCUCGGUUGGGCGGGAACAAGUCAACAAAGCCUACCAAGCCUUCCGAGAGGCCUGCAUCGACCGCGACCAUCUGAAAAGCAAACUGGAAAAAAUGGCAAAAGAAAGUGCGGAAUCCUUGAAAAACUUGAAUGAACAGUUGCAAUCUAAAGAAGUAGAGCUGUUACAACUAAGAACUGAAGUGGAAACUCAGCAAGUGAUAAAAAGUCUGAAUUGUACUCCGGCUAACUGGGAAUUAGAGAAGCUGAGCAGUGACCUGAAAGUGCAUAGUCUGGAACAAGAUCUAGAAAAACUCAAGGAAGAGUGCAACAGUCUCAGGAAGGAGUUGCAAAAUUCCAAGCAGAAGGACCAGGCUCAAGAGGAAAAUCCAUUACAUGGAGACCACCUUCAAAGGCAAGACAUCCAGAGUUUGCAACAAACCUAUUGGGAUCUGAAGAGAGAAAUGUCCAAUUUGCGUGUAGCGACUGACAAGCAAGCUGAGGUCCUACGAAAACUGAAAAGGAACCCACCAGGAGCCAAGAAAGCUGCCUGUACUGCACCAGUGCAAUGUGUUGACUUGAACAUUUCAAAGGUGAAUCUGACAUCUGGGGUAGUGUAUAAAACCCUGUCACAAAACGAUAAAGCCCUCGGCAAUGCUGUGUCUCCCCCUCUGCUGAGAGAUGCCCCUGUCCCAUCAGAAAGGGUGACCCUACAAGCUUGGACAGAUGAGAGACCAAUUCCAGCUGACAGCAAAAUGUUUCAGGAACACCAUUCCUAUGGAAAGAGCUCUCUGGAAGAUAAUUCCUGGGUAUUCCCAAGUCCUCCAAAGCCCAAUGAGAAUAUGUUUUGGGAAAUGAAAAAUAAUCCAACUUUGUUAAACUGUCCAGCAGAUUACCUGGAUCAGUGUAAUCAAAACUGUCUGCACAAGAGUUAAACAAUUUUUAGAAUGAACUGAGGCAUUUUUGGAGUGAUUUUGAAUAGGCACCUUAAUGCUCGAACUUUUAAGGAGAGAAAACAAAUUGCUUGAAAUGUUCUUUCUUUAUUUUUAAUUCUAGUUCCAAAUCAGAAAGCCAAGUCUUCCUCUGCUGUAAAUCAGGAGUGAGUUCCUUGAUGUUAAAGCUGUGCUGGUGUAAUGUAAAUACAAAAAAAUCUAGUAUGGGGCCUAGAUAGUCUUGUACUGCAAAUGACAUAUAUUUGCUAAAGGUUACAAUGAAAAGUGAGUUUGUGGAAUAAAACAAAAUAAUCCAGUUCUGUAUUUGUUUGCUAUUUGUAUGUUAUCAAGAAAAUACUUGGCAUCCAGUGUUAGACCUUGAACCAGCUCUGAGCUUAUAUUUUGACAGUGUUCUUUUUCAGAAUAAGGAUAAUAUGAAGAAUUGGAUUAUCUUCCUUCCUCCUUUCAAUUAGCUUUGAUUCCUCUGGUUUGUAAAUGCAUUUUUCUGUAAUAUCUAACUAAGAAAGGUGAGUUUCGUUUGUUUUUUGUUCCAACCUUGAUUUAUAUGAGACAGUGGCUGGAGAAGAACAAACCUUAGGCUAUGCUGUUUGAUUGCCUCAUUUAGGGCUUGAUUGUGAAAGGUGAAGGACCUUAAGUAAAGUUGCUGCUGCUGCCCCCUGCGAAUCCUGGAGGUUCAGCUUGUUUCCCUCAGUUCCUGCUGAAGGGAGCUGCUGUAACUGCAGUGCUGCUGCCACAGACCCAGCGUGUUCACAGUGCACUUUUCCAUAUUGUGCCUCCUUUGCACAGCACCACAACUCUGACUCUUCAUUCCUGUGGUAGUGAAGGCUACUAAUUUUUCUUUUGUUAAAGAAACAAAGCCUUAAUUUAAUCAGACUUGGUGUUGUUGCAUUGUUGAUAUACAAAAAUAAGUAUUUUUGUGGUGUCUUUAGUAUGCCACUGAGAACCAGAGCUAUUGGAAUUCCAGCUACCUGCUGUAUAGAUUAUGGGUGUCUAAGCACUACUUUUUCAUUAUUUUUUUUCCUCUUAAGGCUAUGAACUGUUUCUAGACAAGUAUAAUUUAUGUUUUUGGGGUUUUUUUUGUAAACUUCUCUGCUUCAUAUCUGGCUUAAUACAACAGGGUUAAGUGAAAUGUCUCGACUGCUCAAAAAGUUGAAGAAAAAUGCAUUGUAUUUUGGAUCCAUGAUACCUAAUUUGUAAUGGGCAGGAAGAUAUUUAAUACUGAAUACGCUAUUUACAAAUGUGUGGGUGGGUGAAGUAUUCAGCUUCACAGAUCCAGCUUAACAUCAACGUAAUAAAAAUUAAUUUCACAGCUGUUUAGUAGCUAAUUAUCUUAAGAUGGCUUGCAAAUACACGGGGAAGCUCUGGCAGUAGCACAGCCAUAGCAAUGAUGGGCUGUAGAAGGCGUUAGGAGGGUGCUGCUACGUGACCUGUGUGGUUCCAGACACCCUCCCCUGCACAGUAAGCGCUUCACACAGAGCCCAUCUUUCACUUUGUCUGUCAAAGGCAAAAACAAUGCCUUCCACAUACCUUCUGUAGUACAAACAGCAUACAUAAACAAUGUUUUCCAUUCACCAGAUAUUGUUUUUAUCUUUCUAUUAUCUUGCUCACAUAUACUGGCUUGUCUGUGAUUAAUGGAAAUGGUGUCAGAUGCUGGAAUUUAUUCUGACCAAUGAACACAGCUGACUCAGGGGAGUACAAUCUCUUGGAAAGUAAUAGAACAAAAUCCAAUAUGCAUAAAACAAAUCCAAGUCACUAGGCUUUAGCUGAUAGAACCAACUACCUAUGUAAUAACAAAGAAAACAUUUCUCAUGUGGCUGCAUAAGCUAUAUGGUACCUAGUUCUAAUGUAGUUUACUUUUGGGGUCCCCCACCUCAGUAUUACAGAGGUUUUUUUAUUAAGGAAUGUAAUAUUCAACAGGCAUUAAUAUGAUUUGUGCAAUGAAGGAAUUCUACUGUGUAAGAUAUUAAAUAAAUUUAUUUUUGUUUGAAA